AUUAAUUCGAGGUCAAAUCGCUUAUUGUGAUUUUGAGGAUGUUAUCGGUCGAUUUACUUGGGCAGAAACUUCAGAAAACGAUACCCUACUUUAUGGAAAUUUGUAUUCGGGUUUUGACGAUCCAGAUAUUAAUAAUUAUUCAUUCUGCUUGGAAGAUGAACAUGAUGAAGUAAUGUAUGAUCUCACCCAAAACUUUCAAAAGAAUGUUAAGAUUGUAGGACCCGGGAUCACACCUUAUCAAGAAGAUUUUAAAAAUGGCUUUAUGAAACCUUCAACAGUUACAGGUUUAAGGUUUGUUAUUAAGUGUAAAGAUAAAACAAUUGGAGACAGCACUAUUAAGCCUAUUUAA